GCCUUUAACCUGGUAAGCCGACUUCCAGUCUGAGUGCAGUCAGAGUGGGCUUUCUUUUUCCCUGAGCGAGCUGCCUCUGGGAGCAUCAGGAAGGCUCUGGGGCAAAGAGGCUUUUAAAAGGGCCUCACACGCACGCCAGCCCAGCAGAUCAGGCUGAUUCAGAGAGCUAGUAGCCCCGAGAAGGUCAGUCUGGUUCCCGGCAGGGAGCAGGGCCAGAGUACCACCAGAGCAACGAGCAAGCAGGCAGGUGGAGCUCUUGCUCCGCGGUGGGGCGCCUCUGUGGUCUGCAGCCGUUUGCAUUUCCUGAAACCGGAUCUCGGUGUCAGAGCCGCCCCUGGGCCGGGCCGGGCGGGCAGGCGCCUCAGCCAUGGCCCUGCGCAAGGAGCUGCUCAAGUCUAUCUGGUACGCCUUCACCGCGCUGGAUGUGGAGAAAAGCGGCAAGGUCUCCAAGUCCCAGCUCAAGGUGCUAUCCCACAACCUGUACACGGUCCUGCACAUCCCCCACGACCCCGUGGCUCUGGAAGAGCACUUCCGAGAUGACGACGACGGCCCGGUGUCCAGCCAGGGCUACAUGCCCUACCUCAACAAGUACAUCCUGGACAAGGUGGAGGAGGGGGCCUUCGUCAAAGAGAAUUUCGACGAGCUGUGCUGGACGCUGACGGCCAAGAAGAACUACCGGGCAGCUAGCAACGGGAACAGCAUGCUCUCCAAUCAGGAUGCCUUCCGCCUCUGGUGCCUGUUCAACUUCCUCUCGGAGGACAAAUACCCGCUGAUCAUGGUUCCCGAUGAGGUGGAAUACCUGGUGAAGAAGGUGCUCGGCAGCACGAGCUUGGAGCUGGGCUUGGGCGAGCUCGAGGAGCUGCUGGCCCAGGAGGCCCAGGCAGCCCAGGCCGCCGGAGGGCUCAGCGUCUGGCAGUUCCUGGAGCUCUUCAACUCGGGCCGCUGCCUGCGGGGCGUGGGGCAGGACACCCUCAGCAUGGCCAUCCACGAGGUGUACCAGGAGCUCAUCCAGGACGUCCUGAAGCAGGGCUACCUGUGGAAACGAGGACACCUGAGGAGGAACUGGGCCGAGCGCUGGUUCCAGCUGCAGCCCAGCUGCCUGUGCUACUUCGGGAGUGAGGAGUGCAAGGAGAAGAGAGGCUCCAUCCCCCUGGACGCCCAGUGCUGCGUGGAGGUGCUGCCAGACCGCGACGGGAAGCGCUGCAUGUUCUGUGUGAAGACCGCCAGCCGCACGUACGAGAUGAGCGCCUCGGACACGCGCCAGCGCCAGGAGUGGACGGCGGCCAUCCAGAUGGCCAUCCGGCUGCAGGCCGAGGGCAAGACGUCGCUACACAAAGACUUGAAGCAGAAGCGGCGCGAGCAACGCGAGCAGCGGGAGCGGCGCCGGGCAGCGAAGGAGGAGGAGCUGCUGCGGCUGCAGCAGCUGCAGGAGGAGAAGGAGCGGAAGCUGCAAGAGCUGGAGCUGCUGCAGGAGGCACAGCGGCAGGCGGAGCGGCUGCUGCAGGAGGAGGAGGAGCGCCGCCGCAGCCAGCACCGCGAGCUGCAGGAGGCGCUCGAGUGCCAGUUGCGCCAGGCGGAGCAGGCCCGGGCUACCAUGCAAGCUGAAAUGGAGCUGAAGAAGGAGGAGGCCGCCCGGCAGCGGCAGCGCAUCCAGGAGCUGGAGGAGAUGCAGGAGCGGCUGCAGGAGGCCCUGCAACUGGAGGUCAAGGCGCGGCGGGACGAGGAGUCAGUGCGCCUUGCACAGACCAGGCUGCUGGAGGAGGAAGAGGAGAAGCUAAAGCAGCUGAUGCAGCUGAAGGAAGAGCAGGAGCGCUACAUCGAGCGCGCGCAGCAGGAGAAGCAGGAGCUGCAGCAGGAGAUGGCGCUGCAGAGCCGCUCCCUGCAGCAGGCCCAGGAGCAGCUGGAGGAGGUGCGGCAGAACCGGCAGAGGGCGGACGAGGACGUGGAGGCUGCCCAGCGGAAGUUGCGCCAGGCCAGCACCAAUGUGAAACACUGGAACGUCCAGAUGAACAGGCUCAUGCAUCCAAUCGAGCCUGGAGAUAAGCGCCCAGCCACCAGCAGCUCCUUCACAGGCUUCCAGCCCCCUCUGCUUGCCCGCCAAGACUCCUCCCUAAAGCGCCUGACCCGGUGGGGAUCUCAGAGAAACCGGACCCCCUCACCUAACAGCAGUGAGCAGCAGAAACCCCUCAACGGUGGGGAAGAGGCUCCCGCCUCCGCCUCCACCUCUCAGGAAGAAAAACUGGAUCCAGCACCAGAAAAUUAGCCUUUCUCGCCCCUUGUUCCUACCAACGUCACGUCCACCAGGACCUGGCCACAGCUGGCCUGUGGAUGACACUGGCCCCUGCUAAGAGAGGGCCCCGAGGUCCUGGUGCCAGGAGCCCGGCCCUCCAACCGGAAGACACGCCAGGAUGGGCCGGUUCGUCCUUCCCAUCAGCCCCAAGCCCCAGACGUUGGGGGCUGGCCGGGAUGUUGAUGCUGUAGAGCUUGGCCCUGUGCCUUAGCCCCAAGGACCAGUGACCUGGGCAGGGACAGAGCAUGGACAAACAAGACAAGGGCCAUCAGCCCCUGGGCUGCCACCAACUUAUGAAGACAUAUUUCUAAAUAAAAACGUUCCGGGAAACCA